AUGGCAGCUCCAGACCAGCUCUUCAAUCUGCGAAACAACUUCUACUUGGGUGCUUACCAAGCAGCGAUCAACAACAGCGACCUCCCCAACCUCUCCCCGGAGGACGCCGUUGAGCGCGAUUGCCUUGUCUACCGCUCUUACAUUGCCCUCGGCAGCUACCAGCUUGUGAUCAAUGAGAUCGACUCCUCCGCUGCUACGCCCCUCCAAGCCGUGAAAUUUUUUGCUCUCUAUCUCUCCAGUCCUGAUAAUAGGGAAUCAACAAUUUCAAGCUUGAAGGAGUGGUUGAAUGAUUCCGCAAUUGGGAGCAACCCUAUUUUGCGGCUGAUUGCUGGGACCAUAUUCAUGCAUGAAGAGGACUAUAAUGAGGCUUUGAAACACACCAAUACUGUGGUUCAUGCGGGGAACAUGGAACUGCAUGCAUUAAAUGUCCAAAUAUACAUAAAAAUGUAUAGAUCAGAUUUUGCGGAAAAGCAGUUGCGGCUUAUGCAACAAAUUGACGAGGACCACACUCUUACUCAGCUCGCAAAUGCAUGGGUGAAUUUGGCAGUGGGAGGUUCCAAGAUACAGGAAGCAUAUCUUAUCUUCCAAGAUUUUUCUGAGAAAAGUAUAAUCACAGGGCUGAUCCUGAAUGGGAAGGCAGUUUGCUGUAUGCACAUGGGAAACUUUGAUGAGGCUGAAACUUUGUUGCUUGAAGCUCUAAACAAGGAUGCCAAAGAUCCAGAAACUGUAGCCAAUCUUGUUGUAUGCAGUCUUCACCUUGGUAAACCUUCACGUUAUCUCAGCCAAUUGAAACUUUCUCAUCCCGAUCACAUACUUGUGAAACGUACAUUGUCAGCAGAAGAAAGCUUUGAGAGAGCAAUGCAAGCAGUUGCUUGAAAACUGAGAUUUAGACAACAUGAUGAAAAGUGCUUGGUAGUCCUGAAGUGUUACACUGCCACCUUGAUUACAUUUUGGCUUCUGUAAUUUACGGGAGAAACACAAAAUUAUAUUGAGAAUAUUUGCAUUUGUCUUGGGUGUUGGGAUAUAUUUUGGGUCUCAAAGCUUGAUACAAGUAAUUUUCAUAUAUUGAUUGUUUAAGAAUCUUCUUUUCUUAUGGCUUUUGUGUUAAAUAUAUUUUAAACAUGUACUCCUGAAUUGUAAGCGUAAUGCUGCAUGCUUCCUAUUCA